UUUGGCCAACCCACUCGCCUUUUCUGUCGGAGGAACCACACCUUGCCUUUAAUACACCGCUUUGCCUUUAAUACACCGCGAAGCAGAAAAAGACCGGCCGAAGGAAGUGCCCGGGGAGCAGGUUAUUCUUGAGGCUGAAGUCAUUGCAGCGCUCAGGUGAAGAAAGCAGAACUGCAAAGAAGGCAAGAUGGAUCUUGAUGUGUUAAACAUGUUUGUAAUAGCCGGAGGCACUUUGGCUAUUCCCAUUUUGGCUUUUGUGGCGUCCUUCCUCCUGUGGCCUUCAGCACUGAUCAAAAUAUAUUACUGGUAUUGGCGUCGAACCCUGGGCCUGCAGGUGAAAUAUGUACAUUGUGGUAAUUAUCAGUUUUGCUAUUCUUACCGAGGGAGACCCAGCCACAGACCAUCUGUCCUCAUGCUGCACGGGUUCUCGACUGAUAAAGAUAUGUGGGUUUCUAUAGUCAAGUUUCUUCCAAAAAACCUUCACUUGAUGUGUGUUGAUAUGCCAGGUCAUGGGAGUACUACUCGGUCAUCUCUUGAUGACUAUUCCAUAUAUGGACAAGUGAAAAGAAUACAUCAGUUUGUUGAAAGCAUCAAUCUGAAUCGAAAGCCAUUUUACCUGGUUGGAACAUCUAUGGGUGGUCACGUGGCUGGCGUUUAUGCUGCUCAGUAUCCUGCAGAGGUCUGCCACUUAAGUCUUAUAUGCCCUUCAGGUAUUCCACAGCUCCCAAAAAACGAUUUUUCAAAACAGGUGAUAGAAUUGAGGAAGGACUGUUCUGCUCAGAUUCCUUUGGUUCCAUCCACUGUGGAAGAAAUGAGAGACAUGCUAAAACUGUGCUCUUAUGUUCGCUUCAAGGUGCCCCAUCAGAUCCUGCAGGGCCUUGUUGACGUUCGGAUCCCACAUAAUGAUUUUUACCGAAAAUUGUUUUUAGAACUAAUAGAUGAAAAGAAAGCGACCUGCCUUUAUGACAACAUGAGCAAGAUCAAAGCUGCAACACAGAUUAUCUGGGGGAAGCAAGAUCAGUUGCUCGAUGUUUCAGGAGCAGACAUUUUAGCAAAAGCAAUCCCUGAUGCGCAAGUUCAUGUUCUGGAAAAUUGCGGGCACAGUAUAGUCGUGGAACGACCCAGAAAAACAGCAAAACUUAUUUUGGAUUUCAUCAUCGCUGUACAGAAUGCUGAGAAUAAGAAGAAACUGGCUUGAACUUUUCCUAUGGGUUUGAACUCUUAAGCCUAGCUGUAUCAGUUGAGAGGAAAUACUGCUAAUUUAAACAGUUCUCAGGGAUCUUAUUAUACAGAACUUGGUGAUUGUGCCAAAAUCCCUGAAGAAAUCUGAAUAAUUCAUAUAUUUAAUUUAGAAGUCUUAUCAGUGCAAUGACUCUGGGAUACUGAACAAUCUUCACUAACAUAUGAUAAUGAUAAAAAUAAUAAUAAAUAAUAAAAUAAUAAAAUAAAAUAAUAAUAAAAAUCUGCAUUUCUAAUAUUUGGAGGAAUAGUGAAAGACUUACAAGGUAGAUGUGUAACACUGGGGGUUUUUUUAUACCAAUCACACAUUUUAAAAUAUUCAAUUUGAAUUACUGCUAGGUAAAAUAAGAAAAAAACCAUCAUCUUCUGUUGUUAGUAUGUCCCUUUCUUAGUCUGGUAAUGUUCCACUGAACUGUAACUCUAAACAUCAGAGAAAAAAAUGCCAAAGGGCAAAUCGUUGUGGGACAGAUUCUUAUAUGGGUUCUAUGUUAUCCAAAAAAUGUGCAUCUUGCCUUCCAUUUGGGCUUUACCUAUACAGUAGCAUAUCAAUAAUAUAACACUGGUCUACAGAUUUUGGGAAAUUAUCGACCUCCAAGAUAAAAUGUGUUAAUUCUUACAUAUUUUGAUUAGAUAAAUUAGAAAACAGGUGAUAAAGGUAAAGGCUUGUGAAAGUGUCAUUGCCUAACAUUUCCAAGGAACAAGUUGCGUGAUAUUUUCUCUCAGAAGCCAAGAUGCCUUGAAACUGUGUAAACAAUGCAGAUAUCUUCUGCUACAGUUGUGGUAAGGUGACAUUUGCAUCUAAAAAAUGCAGUAUGAUGGCAGUGGUAAAAAAAAGACAUAUCACCUAUAUUUUGGUUGCAAAAUAGGGGAUCAGGACAAGAAUUGGGCCCCUCAUUAUUGUUGCAUUACAUGUGUAGCUUAUCUGCAUCAUUGGCUAAAUAAGAAGAAACAGUCCAUGCCUUUCGCAGUCCCAAUGGUGUGGAGGGAACCCACCAAUCAUAGUAGCAACUGCUAUUUUUGCAUGGUUCCCCCAGUUGCAAAAGGGAUCUCAAGAAAGAAGAAGUGGACCCUGGAAUAUCCAUACAUUCCAUCCACACUAUGUUCUGUUCUCCAUGGUGAGGAUUUGCUAAUUCCAGAUCCACCAGAAUCCUACUCUCUAGACUCAGAUGAUGAUAAAGAUGAUGAGCAGGAUGCAGCUGAUCCGGGGCUGUCUAUGUCAGCGGAUCCGAACUUUAGCCCAUCAUAUGCUCUUCCUGAACCAUUUCUAAUUUCACAGAGUGAAUUAAAUGACCUGAUCAGGGAUUUGGAAUUGCCUAAGAGUAAGGCAGAGCUUUUGGGUCCAGAUUACAACAGUGGAACCUCUUGCAGAGUGAAAAAGUAUGAAAAUGUUACAUGAAAGAAACAAUAAAUGAACGGGAAGUUAUGUUACUGAUAUCAAUAAAAAGAUAAAUUUAUGAUGAUUGGUGUGGCACCAUUCUCAUUGCUAUAUCACAUUUUGUAGAAAGGUUAUGGAGCAUAAUCUCACAUCCUCGUAAUUUUGAAUUAUUUUGAUCCAAUUUUAACCUGAAGGCAUAUCUUGGAAACAGGAGCCAAUUAAUACUCAGGACUUAAUUUUCCUUUAUUAGUGACCCAAUUCUGGUAAAAUUUAGCUACUUUCAUUUUCAAGACUUUCUUCUUGUUGACCAGUGUAAUUAUUGAUAUAUUUAUAAAAACUAAAAUAUGACUGUCAGAAAAUUCUGAGUCAUGGAAUUCAUUGGCCACUUCUAGGUUUAUGCAGUGACUUCAUACAAUCUAGCAUAAUACCUGGUUAAUUGGAAUAUAGAUGGCAAUUGCAAUUGAUUUUAAAUAUGUAGGAAAAAAUGGCCUAGAGCAAAAUUUCAUACAGAGGGGGCAAAAGUGAGCUUCCAUUUCCUAAUGUAGAUGACUUUGCAUGAGGAAAUGUGACAAAAGGCUUGGAUGAUUCAGAUAUUCAUUGAAGUGCUGUUCAUAUUAAGUUACGAUUUCAACCAAGAAAAAAUAUGCACUACAUUUUAAACGUAUGAAAGUUUUGUUGAUGCAGUGCAAGUCUUCAGUGUUUAUAUUGAUUUAUGAAGAAGAUGGUUUUGUAUUCCUCCAUAGCUCCAUUUACACCUUAGGAGCAAAUUGAAAUAUUGAUGUCAUCUGGAUCGACUAUUACUGCAAUAGUCAAGUACCUAUGAAGUAGCUUGGAUCCCUUCUUUGAAGGGCAGGUCACUGAUUAUAAAACUUGUGUAUGUAUGGUUGUAUGAACACACAAACAUGUACGUACACAGAGGUUAAAUUCCAAUAAAGUCAACAUGACUAUAUCUGAUGCAAGUGGUUAGCAAAUUCCCAGUGAAGAGUAAUCUUACUGUACAGCUAAUAAAGUAAAUGGAGCUGUCCCAAAGCCAUUUCUGGAGCCAUUGUUUCAAUCUAGAUGGGACCUGAUCCAAGCAAUAACACUAUAUGUAAAUAAAUAUAGAAGUGAUCAAAUUUUGGUUAGAAUUGGGCUGAACUGCUUUUUUAGCUUCUUCUGCUGCCCCUUUUAAUUAAGCGUUCUACUGAGUAAACUAUUUACUUAAUGAAUUCUUUGAAUUCUGUGUUCUGUUCGAAGAGUAGAUAUGAAAUGUGUACCAAUAAAGUAGAAUUGGAGUAUUCUAAAUGUUUAUUUGUUAUGCUCACCCGACUCUUACAAAGUGAAUUAUUUAUCAAUCUUCAGCAUACUCUGCUUUUAAAUUAAUAUUUAAAGAAUAUAAAGCAUACAGUAUUCCUUUUCCUGGGUAUGUGUUCUCAUUUCUGAGUGCAGUUUUUUAGUGAACAAACAUUCUGUAUCAGAUUUAGAAUGUUGGAGUUAUUGCAUCCUUGUAACCACACUUUCCCUAUUUAUAUAUAUACGGAGGCUUGUGAAAACCUUUCCCACCAAGAAACAUUCAAUGAAUGUUGUUGUUUCAUUGAGUAACAAUUUGCAGCACUGCAUAUUUUAGAAUAGCAGUUAAAUGAGUGAACUGAUUCCAAAGUAAUUUGACUUUGAAGAAAACUUGUAUUUGUUGAAACAUUAAGAAAAUAUGUUGAUACCAAGUCUGGUUUCUGAUUUUACAACCACUGUAGAAGUGAGAUACCAGUAUAAAUACUGUAAUUUUGUUCCAAUUAAAAUACUUCAUUUGUGACUAAUUUCUUCCAAUCAUAUCCUUACAAUUCCUCGAAUUUUCAACUUCUAUUUAGGAAUGCAAUCAGAUUGCCUUGCAAUACAUUAUUAUUACAGAGUCAUGAAUGGUCUAUCUUUUCCUCAAAUGGGGUUGGAGGAAUUCAACUUUUAUUGAGAAAAAAUAAGAACCUGCACAUUUUAUUGAAUAACUGAUCAAUAUUUCAAGAAAUAUAAAUUAAAAUCCACACAGAACCAACAGAAAACAAGUCAGUAGGUUUAAUCUGGGUCUCAGAAGCCAAUGUACUGUACACAAAAAGACUCAAUUAAAACAUAAUUGAAAUAUCAAA